AUGACCGGAAGUUCAAAUAAUACGGGACUACGUAGAAGACAAAGUGAUAGCAUACCUGAUACUCCACCGCCAACAAGUAGACAGGUAAGUUUUAACAAGGGACAAACGAAAGAAAAUAAUUUUGGCGGGAAUUCUCAAGUACAAAAAACAAAUUUCUUCGAUGGUUCCGUACGAUCUGAACAACCCAUAUCGUUAGCUACAUUAGAUAAAGAUUGUUUUAUCAUUCCAGUAGAAAAUUUGGAAAGGUUUUUACCCGCUGGAGUACCGAUGCCGAUUUCUAACAUGCAAAUAUCACAAUUAAACGUUUUGGAAAUAGAUAAUCCGAAACAAUGCGUCAUGAUACAUUUAAUGUCGUUGAUGGAACCCAUCGAACCACUUUUGGAAUCUCCAUUGGCAAAACCAUUUUCAAAACAAAAAGGAGCUGCUAGCGAACUAUUGGCAGAAAUAGGACAAUCGAAAACAGCCGUUGAGGGAAUGCUAUUGUCGAAUAUUGAAAAAAACGCGGAAUUUCCGUUUAUAUCAUUUUACGUCGUCAAUAAGAAUCAACACGAUCCCGUUGAAUUCUUCCGAUCAUUAAGACAAUCGACAUUGCAAAAAUUCGAUCCGAAGAGUUUAAGGUACAUAGCUCAUCAUACUCUGGACCUUUUUAAUGAAGUUGCCACCAUUGCUCGUCCUCCACUUCAACCAGGUUUUAGGAGGCCGCAAACGAAAAGUACCGGAUUUAUUAUAUCCGUUUAUAAAGUGUUCGAAGGUGACGAUGGAGAAAAAUUUGAAAAAAAUUGGCUUUACUGGACGGGAGCAAGAAUGCUUUACCGUUACUUACCACAAUCUGUUGGAUUAAGAAGAAUAACUCUUCAUAAAUCUUUAUCAAGCGGUGAUAAAAUAUAUUUACUUCUUUGCGAAUGUUCUCAUUUUAUGGAAGAUUUGUCAGCGGCGGCUACACUCGUACCAACCUUAAGAGGAAGACUUUGCGGUUAUACAGGAUUGUACAGGACGACUGCAACCUUUUAA